GCUCGGCCAGGGCUCUCCCUCCUCGGAAGUCAUUGGUUGACUCUCAGUCCCCGCCCCCGGAAGGGCUGCUUAUCGCAGCCAAUCGGCGGGCGCGGCGGCGGCGGCGGCGGAGUCUGGGAGCGAGGGACACCCCACCCUGUCACUGAAGGAAAACGGAGGUCUCUUCCGGCCGCCCCGGGUGUCAGGGGCUCAGAAAUCCGAGACUCGAGGGAGAUGCGCUGAGGCUGGCUGUCCCCUCUAAAGGGCCUCUCGGAAGGCACCGCCAGGAAUGCCUAGCGUCCCAUUCGAGCCAUUUGGAAGGGGAAGGAGGUUAGUUGUGGCUCUGGCGUUUGCCUCUAGGUGACAAUAAAGGGCGCAUGGGGGUGUAAUGAAUGCAGAGUGACCUCGAGAAAAGGGCAGGUUAACUUGGACAGGCGUUUUUCCAUUGCUCGCCUCUCGGGUCAAAGUCAGCCAGGGUCAAAAUAAGAGACUUUGCGAUCCAUGGUUGCCCUCAGCUGUGUCCUUGGCCUUCCAGAAGACACCUUGGAAUCCCUCACGAAGUUUCUGUACAAAGAUUCUGAAUGUAAAGUUCUCAGUAUCUGGUUGCUAAGAACAGUACUCUGAGACACAAGUGGCUUCUGUGUGUGGGCCCGGGGAGGCACAGCUGUGGACAGGGAAGAAGGUUGAGAAAAUGAGGCAGAAGGAAGUGUUAGCCAAGACCUUCCAAGGCCCAGCAGUUGUCUGUAGGACUCCAAACAGCCACGUUUACAUGUUCAAGAAUGGCAGUGGAGACUCCGGGGACUCCUCUGAGGAAGAGUCACAUCAUGUGGUGUUACGACCCCGGGGCAAGGAGCGCCAGAAGAACAGCAUCCAACACCCUCAGCAGCCCGGAGCGGGCAGCAUGGUUCUGCUGCAGCGGGAGCUGGCCCAGGAGGACAGCCUCAACAAGCUGGCUCUCCAGUAUGGCUGCAAAGUUGCAGAUAUCAAGAAAGUGAACAACUUCAUCAGGGAACAAGACCUGUAUGCUUUGAAGUCCAUCAAGAUUCCGGUGAGACAUCAUGGCAUCCUCACAGAGACCCACCAAGAGCUCACCCCCCUGGGGCCCCCGUCCUCUGAGACCAGAGUGACCCUGGGAGAACUGUCUGAAGAUGAGGAUGCCACUGGGGCAGGCGCCCAGGGAAACCAGCUGACGGAUUUCUUUAAGGGAAUCGACGAGAACAUUGAGCGGGCUGUGCAGUCUGACGUGUUCCACAGCGACAGCUGCUGCGUGGAGGCCGCAGAUCAGCCACUGCUCCCCGCCACCCAGAAGCCACCAGGCGACGGCGCCGACUGCGGGAUUCAGUGGUGGAAUGCUGUCUUCCUCAUGCUUCUCAUUGGGAUUGUGUUGCCAGUGUUUUAUCUCGUCUACUUUAAAAUCCAAGCCACCGGGGAAGCCUCCAGUAGCGUGAAUGCAACUGUUGUCCCCAAUGACUCGAUGACACUGAGCCCAGUUCCAGCGCCAGCGCCCAGGUUGGCAAUUCCAGUGCCCACCCUCCCCGCUUCAGACAGCCAGGUCAGCUCAACCACCCAGGCAGGGGCCUAAGCUCAUUUAUUCUAGAAUGGGCAAUGCUUUGGCAGUUGGCUCUGGAUGUGUGUAGCUGGGCGUAUUGCACUUUGCUUCCUGGGAUGUAUGGACAGUUAAAGAAGUUACCACGUCAAUCUGGAUUGUAUGGACUGAGGAAUGGCCUGACCUGACCCAAGGAUGCAGGAGCCCAGACGUCAUCGUCCCAGCAAGACAGACAUUUACAUAGAACUGGUGGCUGUUUCUUGAAGACAUGUCGGGGCUGGCUGUGAGUUCCUGUACAGCCCUUGUGGGUGAGCGCCUAAGUAGAACGUGAUAAGGGAUCUGCGAUGUUGGUGCUCCCACUGUUGGGUGGGGUCAGAUGACUGUCACAGUGUCCCAGCCUGCUAUUGGUUGGGGCUGGGCUCAGCGGCAUGUCCUGUGUCUGGGUAGACCAAGGUGCUAUGCAGUAUGCCACUGAGUUUUAGAGCGACGCAUUACAGUUGUGACAGCCUGGCAUGCCUGCCUCUUCACUCGGCCCCAUUGAGGUGGUGCUACUUCAGAAGUGAGAAUGCUCAGAAUCCAAACUGCCAUCCUUUGACUUAAGCUGCAGUCCGGUCCCUCACACUGUUGGAGCUUUAUGGUCUCACACAUGGGCAUAUCUUAAGCCAGACACAGGGCCACCGCUCAGAUUCACAGUAGGAACAUCUCUGGUGAUGGCUCCAGGGAUUCUCCCAGUUGGCGUCUUGGGAGCAGAUGUUAUUGGCAAGUAGUUUGAAGAGACUACAUGCGCCAUUAAGGUUCUAACACAUGCACCUCUGAGGCCAACCCACUGUCAGACCCCCUACCAUGUGUCCCCGAAGCAGAGUAUUCUUCCCGCUGCCUCCAUACUCUGCUUUUUGGGUGUUGUCCUUAAACUUCCAGAUUCUGUGUCUCAGUGUUAAAGCCCGACACAAUGUCAGUCAGCUUUCUCUCACUGGACAAAAUAAUCUUGGCUCAAGGUUUCAACCCAUGGCCUGAUUUGGGGUCGCUUAUGGUAAGAACACACAUCAUGGAAGAGAGUGUGGUGGGACAAAUUGUUCCUGUGACCAGGAAGAGAGGGAGAGACAGGAGCUUGGGUCCCGGUAUCAGCUUCAAGGUCAUGCCUGUAGUGACCUUGCCUCUGCCACUAGACCCCAGAUCUUAAAGCUUCCACUCCUUCCCAGUGCCAAGGUGAGCACAAGCCUUUAAGAUAUUUGCCUUUGGGGGGCAUAUCCAAACCCCAACAAGGUGACUCUGGCUGUGAAAGGCUAUAAAAGCAGCGGACACCAGAGGGGGUGAGAUGCCCGAGGUUUUCUCAGCCACUCCCUGGUGGCAGUAGCCGACCAUGUGCUGCAAGGGGUGUGGGAGAAAGGGCUACGUCAGCCACCUUGUCACAGCAGGGAGGGGGCUGCAGAGGUGGCCCGGAGCUUCAGGGUGAACAGAAGGCAGGCAGGUCGCUUCUGUGUCAAGUGUCAAGGUGGCACCACUUGACACUUAGGCCUGGAAAUCUGAUGAGAGGAGCAGAAUAGUGU